UUUGCGAUCAGAGAACAGUAAAUGCAUCCGGGGAAAACUCACCAGAAAAAUAUACGGACCACAAGCAAAUAUUAUUCUUUUCUGUGUACUAUGAAAGUUAAUUUGGUGCAAACAAUAGUUUUGAUGUGUAUCAUUAUUAUCGCUCAAAUCCAUGGCAUACAAGAUGCCGAUGGAAAACGAAUUAUCAGCAAAUACGAAAGCGUGCAAAAAUUGUAUCCCCAGCCUGCGAGAACUGAGACUCCAGAAUGGCGGGUCGCUGACAAGAACAUGCCUCAUCCCUGUAAACGCAAUUGCGUUGAGAAUCAGCCAAUGACCUGUUACUAUUACAUGGUGGUACAUUACGACGAUACUAUGAGUGAUACUUGCAAACGUUAUUUACAGUCGAAGUACCGCUUCAAUAUAGAUGGUAAGGAAUUUAUCGACAGCUUUAAAAUAGCCGAGCAGGAGCCAGCUAACGACGACUGUAAGUACGCUGACGGCCUAGAGUCUCAGGUGAUGGUUGUAAACGGUCAGCUGCCAGGCCAGUCCAUCGAAGUGUGCUUCGGGGACACAAUAGUUGCGGAUGUCAUUAAUAGCAUGCACGAAACGACGACUAUACAUUGGCAUGGCAUUCACCAGCGCCUCACGCCACAUAUGGACGGCGUGCCUCACGUUACGCAAUACCCUAUUGAGGCGGGUCAGGCUUUCCGGUAUCGUUUUCAGGUUGACCACGUCGGCACCAACUGGUGGCAUAGUCACACUGCGCACCAGCGCGCCUUUGGACUGGCGGGGCCGCUGAUUGUGCGCCAGCCGCCUAAGCUGAAUCCCCACGUACACCUGUAUGACUUUGACCUCACGGAGCACGUUAUCGUGAUACAGGACUGGGUGCACAAUUUCGAUGAGAGCGUAGCAGAGAAUAUUCUAAUCAAUGGGGUAGGGCGAAAUAUGAAAAAAGAUAGCAAAACAAGGCCGACGCUGUACGCCCCUUUCACAGUUAUACGAGGUGGUCGCUAUCGUUUCAGAGUCAUUUUCAAUGGCGUAUCUAACUGUCCCAUAAGCAUGAGUAUCGAUAAACACGACCUUUUGGUCAUCUCUAGCGAUGGAAACGACAUAGAGCCCGUAGAGGUUCAAAAGAUCAUGUUCCACGGUGCGGAACGCUAUGAUUUUGUGCUUCAUGCCAAUCAAAUAAUAGCCAACUACUGGAUUCGUGUAAAAGGUUAUAGCUUCUGCGAGAAGAACAACCUGCACCAGGAGGCAAUACUGCAUUAUACGGACUCCGACACACAGGAACUGGACACAAGCUCCAUUAGCUACACCUACGAUGCGCCUGGCAUCAUGCUCAACGAGCUCGGAGACGAUACCGCCGGUGACAAUGCUCACAGUAUUUCGCUUAUUAGCCUCAAUGCAAAGGAUAUUGAGCCGAGCAUGACACCAGACGUCACGUACUACACCAGCAUGGCAGCGGUAGAGAUGGCCGAAGGUUUCCGCUUUCAGAUGGAUGACAUCAGUUUCAGCAUGCCGAAAAUGUCCCUGUUGCAGACCCGCAAUCUCGGCAUUGGUCAAUUUUUCUGUAAUAUCAGCCAACAGGCGGCUCUCGGCUUUAACUGCAAGCAACGCCACUGUAAAUGCCCAAACGUCAUCCAGGUGCCUUCGCAGAAGAACGUAGAGAUGGUUAUUUCAAGCAAAUCGGUAACAGCGCAUCCGGUGCACCUGCACGGCUACACAUUUCGUGUAGUGGGCAUGGGGGUGCUCGGCGAGGAGCGCAUAUCGCAGAUUGAAGAAAUCGACCAGCGCACUCCUUUACCGCGCCGUGGUCGAGGCGCACCUUUAAAAGAUUCUGUACAGGUUCCAGCGUUUGGUUAUACAAUCAUACGGUUUUAUUCAGACAGCCCAGGCUAUUGGAUGUUUCAUUGCCACAUAUCAACCCAUUCGGAGAACGGAAUGGCUGCGGUUGUUCGUGUAGGCGAGAAUGUUGAAAUGAAAAUGUGCCCAGUCAGCAAUUGUGGACUCUGCAGCUCGGUGGCCUAAUGCGCAUGUUAAAAACAAGAAAGGAAUGCAAGCGUCAGCCGGGCUCAAGUCUUAUAGCUACUCUAGCAACAAAA